AUGGGAGGUGUUGCAUUUGACCUCGAGACCUGCGCCAGGCCGAACAUUGUUGCUCUGCAGCCAUACCGAUGCGCUAGGGAUGAUUACAAGGAUGAUGGAAGUAAUACGCUUUUAGAUGCGAAUGAGAAUUCGUACGGCCCAUCACUUUCCAUAGACCUAUCAGCGAACCACGAGGUCAAUGGAAGCACUCUAAGGCUUGCAGGCUUGAACAGAUACCCUGAUCCGCAUCAAAUAGAGCUAAAACAGCUUUUGUGCGACCUUCGACAGGUUGCGAGCUCACCGGCUACGUUGAGGCCUGACAACAUUUUCGUCGGCGUAGGAUCUGACGAAGCAAUUGAUGGGUUGAUCCGAUGUUUUUGUGUCCCAGGCAUCGAUAAAAUUUUGGUCUGCCCCCCAACUUACGGGAUGUAUACCGUAGCUGCCCAAGUCAAUGAUGUCGAGGUCGUGAAGGUACCACUAGAAAUCGAAGGCGAGUCGCCUAGUUUCGACAUUCAACCGGUUAAAAUAAAAGAAGAAUUGGAAGGGGAUCCCCGGAUUAAACUAGUCUACAUAUGCUCCCCGGGAAAUCCAACCGGUAAACUUGUGGACCCUGGCCGAUUAAAGGAACUUCUUGAAUACAAUUGGAAUGGUGUGAUUGUCCUCGAUGAGGCAUACAUCGACUUUGCCGACCAUGGCAAAAGUCUUGCUCAUUGGGUGAAUGAUUAUCCCAAUCUAGUUGUGAUGCAAACAUUAUCUAAGGCAUUUGGUAUGGCUGGUAUACGGUAUGUCAACCCUUUUCCUAAGUCCAGGCAAGUACUCACGAUUUUAGAUUGGGAUUCGCGUUCGCGCCUUCUAGAAUAG